AAUAACACAUUCUGCGUAACCUACUCGCUCGGACCUGGAACUAUCCCGUUUGUGUUGAGCGCUGAGGUGUUUUUACCAGAGGUGAAGGGCAUUCUGUCCAUGCUGGUGAUCGAGUGGACCUGGCUAUGCAGCUUCAUUAUCCUCUUCAUCUUCAGCCCGCUGGUGGCCGCCAUCGGCCUUCACCAGAUCUUCUACCUCUUCGCCGCUGUCUGCUUCGCCACUUCUGUCUUCAGGUAUUUCUUCUUGCCGGAGACGAAGGGGUUGCCGGUCGACAUUAUACAGACGCUGUUUGAUAGGAAGCGAAACCGUCGUGCGUGAAUAAAAUUAUUGUUUU